AUGUCCGACCCGAAUCCACUCCUCCUGCUUGUGCAGCAGCUCCAGCAAGAGCUCCAAAACCAGCGCCUUGAUAUUCAAAACCAGCGUAAUGAAAUACAGCAACUACGUGCGGACCUUGAUGCUUCCCGAACAGAUGUCCACCAGCUUCGUACGCAGCUUCUUUCCGUCCAGACACCCAGAUCCCGCCUGCCAGAUCCGCCUCGCUUUAACGGUAAACCAUACACGCUUCGCACAUGGCUCCCGUCAAUUAAAGCAAAACUUCGAUCAGACCAGCUCGUAGGAGCUGAUGCUUUGACUAUGUAUGGGAUCGACUAG